AUGGGUGUUAAACAUCUUUGGUCAAUUUUAGAACCUGCAUAUAAACAAGGUUCAUAUGAAGAUUUAGCAGGAAAAACAGCUGCAGUAGAUUUAAGUAUUUGGAUUAUUGAAUGUCGAUCAGUAUCAACAAAUCAUCGAAAUUCACUUCAUUUAAGGACAUUAUUUUUCCGUGUAUUAAAUAUGAUUUAUUUCAAUAUUAAACCUAUAUUUGUUCUUGAUUCAACUAAAAUAACUGAUUUAAAAUUAGAUGUUAUUACAAAACGAUUAGCAUUAAAAAAUAAAACAACAGAUCAAACUCGUUCAGGUUUUAACGUAUUAAUUAAUGAAUGUUCAGAAUUACUUAAUUAUCUUGGUUUACCAAUCAUACGAGCAGAUGGUGAAGCAGAAAAAUUAUGUGCACAAUUAAAUCAAAUGAAUAUAGUAGAUGUUGUUAUUACUAAUGAUAGUGAUUGUUUUGUAUAUGGUGCUAAGACAAUUAUUCGAAAUUUUGGUAUCGAUAUAAAGUCAAUAUCAUUUGAUAUUUAUGAUCGACAUGAAAUUGAAUCAAAUUGUCAUCUUAAUCAACGUUCUCUAUUAGCACUUGCAUUACUUCUUGGUUCAGAUUAUGAUAGUCAAGGUAUUCAAGGUAUUGGUCGUGAAAAUGCUUUAAAAUUUCUUCAAUUAAUACCAUCAAAUAUUGAUCCUGUUGAUUAUAUACGUACAAUAUUAUUACGUAAUAAUCCACAAAAUAAAUAUGAACAAAAAAUUUUAAAUAUAUUAAAAGAUAAUAAUAAAAAUUUUAAAUAUUUUGAUAAAAUUAUUAAAGAAUAUUCAUCAUUAGAAUUAGAUAAUUUACCUCUUAUUGCAUCAAUUGCAUCAAUUAAAUGGUUAAAACCAGUACGACUUAAACAACUUCAAAUAUAUAUGAAAAAGAAACUUGAUUGGAUUGAAUCUUAUACAUUUAUUAAGGUCUUUCCAUUAUUAACUCGUUUUCAAAUUCUUUAUCGUCUUAAUAUGCUUGAACUUGAUGUUAAUGAUAUACUUUCAUUAUCUGAUACAACUAUAUAUCAACCUAUUUCUAUAAAAAAAAUUCGUAUUCGACAAUCAAAACAAUAUUAUGAAGUCGAAUGGAAACAAAAUGAUUUAUCAUCAAUAAAAACAGUUGAAAAUCAAAUGGCUAAUUUAUCACUUAUGAUAUUAGAUAAUAAUAAUGAUGAUGAUGAUGACGAUGAAGAAAAAUUAAUUACUAUUGAACCAGCUGAUCUAUUUCGUCAUGCUUAUCCUGAUAUAGUCAAUACAUUUGAAGCACCUGUAUCAAAAUCAAAAAAACCAAAGAAAACAACAACAACAACAACAGUUAUGAAUGAUAAUAAAUUAACACAAAAGAAAAAAAAAGUAAAACAAACAUCAACAACAGUUGCUGCAUCAACAUCAAUGUCAUUAGAUCUAUUAAGUAUGAUUCAAAAUGAAACAUGUGAAAUUCCAAUAACAAAAACAAUAUCAAAAAAAAAACAUUCAAAAUUUAAUCAUCGACCAACAAUGGCUGCAUUAUCAACAUCAAUGAAUAUUGAUAUUCUUAGUGUAUUACAAAAAUCAAUUGGCAAUAUAAAUUCAUUGAAAAAAUCAAAAUCAAGACCAAUUAAACAUCAUACUCAAUCAGAUAUGGUUAUUCACACUCAAAAACCUGUUACUCUAUUAAAUACAUCAUUGUCACUUGAUGUAUUAGAUAUUCUUCUACGUGAAAAUGAUGAAUGUGAAAUAACCGAUGUAUUUAUCAAUAAACCGAUAAAACAGAAACAUCAAAACUAUGAUAAUAUAAUUCAAUUAUCAUUAUCCGAUAAUACUGAUGAUGAUGAUAAUAAUAAUCAUAAAGAUGUUUUGCCUCUUCCACUUUGGGAUCGAAUUCGACAACGAACAAUUGUUUAA